AUGGAAUAUGUUUAUGCUGCUGUCAAUAGUUCAGAUGAGUCUCACCUGCGCCAGACCCCGGUGCGCCUCUGUGCCAGACCCCGCUCCUCUCUCUCCCAGCACAGGUACAGAGAUCCUUCUCCCCCGGUGCGGACCGCGAUUCUCGAAGAGGCGAACUGGAUCUCCGCCAAAGACAAGUUUUUACAGGACAAGAAGCACAUCCUGACAAAGUAUACAUGUUUGACUAAAGAGGAUUUGGAUGAUAUUCUGGAGACUGUUGCUGGAGCUGCAGGACAAGGUGUGGCCAUCACCGGGGACAACCACCGAAACGCGUGGGACUGGGGCAACUCCGUCAUAUUUGCUGCUACUAUCGUCACAACUAUAGGCUAUGGGAAUGUGGCACCAAAGACGCAGGGCGGCCGUGUCUUCUGCAUCCUGUACGGUCUGUGUGGGAUCCCCCUGUGCCUGGUCUGGAUCAGUCAGCUGGGAUCCUUCUUUGGAGACCGGGCCAGGCGUCUAUCCCAGGUCCUCAUCCGCAAAGGUGUUUCAGUGAAACGUGUCCAGUUGACCUGCACCGUCUGCUUCCUCCUCUGGGGCCUGGUGGUGCACCUGGUCAUCCCUCCGCUGGUCUUCAUGUCUCUGGAGCAGUGGACGUACCUGGAGGGCCUGUACUUCUCCUUCAUCACGCUCACCACGGUGGGCUUCGGGGACUACGUGGCGGGGGUCAAUCCCAACAUCACCUACCCGCGUCUGUACCGGGUCUUUGCGGAGCUCUGGAUCUACAUGGGACUGGCCUGGCUCUCUCUGUUCUUCAGCUGGAACGUGCACAUGGUGGUGGAGGUUCACAAAGUGUUCCAAAAGCGCAGGCUACGACACCAUAGGAAACCCUACGAAGAAGAGGAAGAGGAGAAGAAGGAGGAUAAUAACGUCCCGGAAAUAAGGCCUACGGUCAUAGACAUCUUUAACUUUCUGUCGGAAACGAACGACGACGACUACAACACUGUCAUAAGGCAGAUUGCAAUUGAAGCGAAAAAACCGAAGCCUCCAGAGAAUAUAAACCGCUCCAGAAGCUGCAGUGACAUCCUGGAUAUUCUUCCUCUGGAGCAAAGUCCCAGGCAAAAACGCAGGAAAAGCAUCAGCGAGAUAUUUCUCAAUAUACCUAAUGCGAGAAACAACGGAUACAAGGGCCUCAAUGUUGAAAAGAAAGACCUACAAACCAAAGAUGUGAUCAAGGAAUCGGAGAAGGAAGACGAAGGCAUAUUUUUUGAAGUUCCGGUAAACUCAGGGCCUUCGACUUCAACAGAACAAUGUGUACAGUCUCCCACCGCCGGCGAGUCCAGGUUUACCAUUAGCAAAGUCACCGAAACUGAGCUGUUACUGAAAAAAGAGGGGAAAGGUCGACACCGGAUUAAUCAAAAAACAUCUAAAUAA